CUGCCAAAAUAAAAUUAAAGAUAAAGAAAAGAAAUUAUCUUGGAUAUACAAAGAUAAAUUUGUUAUGCUAAAAACACUUCCGAAGUAGAUACAGAAACAAAACAAAGUAAAUUAUUAGUAACAAGUGCAACAUGGUUUCCAAGAAAAUGUUCAAAAAAUCCUAAAAAUCAAACAAACGUAUCUGCAGAGUAGUAAACAAAAAGUAUCUCGUAGAACCAAAACAAGAAUCAAAAGUAUCUACAAACGAGAAGAGGAAAUCAUCAACUGGAUGAUCAUCGGCAUCGCCUAGGACCAAAAGAAUCGAUAGAAAUAUAUACAUAACACAGCCAACAACAUGCUGACCAUGGAAUCGGAUAUGAAGGGCAGCCUGCUGCAUGCCACAAUGCCGCCGCAUCACACCAGUGCCGCUCUGCACGGCCAUGCCGCCUCGCCCUACUCGGCGCUGGCGCCUCUCAUGAAUCUCGGCCAGUCGCAUCUCACCCACUCGCAGCUGAGCCACCACAACCAUCAUCACCAUCACCACAUGAGCGCCCACAUUGCGGCCAGCCAGAGUCCGAAUCCGCUCAGCUCGCUGCAGACCAGCAUGGCCAAUACAUUGAACGGCACCCAGGUGGGGCAGCAGCAGCAGCAGCAGGGCCAGCAGCAGAGCUCUCCGCUGCACAGCUCCAGCGAACUGAGUCCCACCCAGAGCAGCAUUGGCAGCCAUCACAUGACCUCGCCCGUGAGCCACCAGCAGCAGCAGCAGCAUUCCCAGCAACAGCAGCAGCAGCAGCCGCAUCCCACGCACAUGGCCGCCGGAUCCGCUCUGAGCAGCAUGACCGGUGGUGGCAGCAGCAACAACAACAACAACAGCGCCACGGCCAACAAGAAUCAGGCGCACGCGGAUCGUGUGAAGCGGCCAAUGAAUGCCUUUAUGGUGUGGUCCCGCGGCCAGCGCCGGAAGAUGGCCUCCGACAAUCCAAAGAUGCACAACUCGGAGAUCUCGAAGCGGCUGGGCGCCCAGUGGAAGGAUCUCUCCGAGGCCGAGAAGCGGCCGUUCAUCGACGAGGCGAAGCGCCUGCGAGCGGUGCACAUGAAGGAGCAUCCGGACUACAAGUACCGGCCACGCCGCAAGACCAAAACCCUCACCAAGACCAAGGAAAAGUACCCAAUGGGUGGCCUGAUGCCCGGCCAGACGGUGGGGGGACCCGGCGGUGUUGCCGGCGAUCCCGUCACGCCCACCCGCGUCCAAAGCCAAUCACAGAACCAGUCGGGACCCUCAGCGGCAGCCGCAGCGGCGGCGGCAUCGGCCCAACAGGCGCGCCAGGACAUGUACCAGAUGAACGCGCCCAACGGAUACAUGCCCAACGGCUACAUGAUGCAUGCGGAUCCCGCCGGAGCGGCCGCCUACCAGAACUCCUACAUGGGCCAGCACUACGCGCAGCGGUACGACAUGGGGCACAUGUACAACAAUGGGUAUGCGAUGUACGGCACGGUGUCCGGGGGCCAGACCUCGCCGUAUGGCGGAAGCCUGCAGCAGCCCGGCUCCCCGUCGCCCUACGGAUCGAGCAGCCUCCAACAGCAACCCGCCUCGCCCCAGCCCUAUGGCGGAGGAGGAGGAGGCGGCGGCGGUCAAGUGUCCUGCCAGAGCCACAGUCCCAGCGAUUCGAGCAUCAAGUCGGAGCCGGUGUCCCCCAGUCCCAGUGCCAUAGCGCUCAACAACAACAAUAACAACAACAACAAUCACAUCAUGAAGCGGGAGUAUGUGUCGGCCACAUCAGCGGCGGCAGCAGCAGCCGCCGCAGCGGCAGCCGGUGCCGGUGGGGAGCUGAAUCAUCUGAUGAACAUGUACCAUCUGCCGGACGAGCAGCGUCACUUGCUCCACUACCAGACUGACUCGCCCGAUCUGCAGCAGCAGCACGCGGCGAUGCACCAGCAUCAGGUGCAUCAGGUGCACCAACAGGUCCAGCAACAACACCAGCAGCAACAGCAGCAGCAGCAACAGCAGCAGCAACAGCAGCACCUGCAUCAGCAAUCCCUGAGAGCGAUGGCGCCGCUGGCACAUAUGUGAGAAAUGGCCAGCGCCUAUGGAGCAGCAGCCUCAACUGUGAGCGUUUCGCCGCCACCGCUGCCGCUGCCGCUGUCGAGUGUCUACAUGCCGUCGGCGGCACAACAGCAGCAGCAGCAGCAGCAACAGCAACAACAGCAGCAUCAACAGUUGCUGAACGGACGGCCCAGUCCAACUGCGUCCGGUUCUGGGUCGUCGGGUGGCCGCUCCUCGGCGCAUUCAAGUGGCCAUGCGGCCGCGCAUUCACCCGCCUUGGCGGCCGCUGCCAUUGCUGCCGCCGCCUAUCAGCUAUCCUCUGCCUCUGUCUCUGCCUCCGGUUCUGGCUCCUCCGUUUCCAUUACCGGAUCCGGAUCGGGCUCGGGAUCAUCCUCCUCCGCCUCCUCGUCGGCAGUAGCGUCCGCAGUGGCUGCCUCUGUGGCGGCGGCCGUUGCUGGUAGCUCUGCUUCCCAUGUUUUUACGGCCGCCAGCAUGCUGGACAUGCACCAACAGCAGCAACAUCUGGAGGAGCAGCAGCAGCACCACCAUCAGCAUCUCCACUACCAGCAGCAGCAGCAGCAGCAACAGCAGCAGCAACAUCAGCAGCAGCAGCAGCAGCAUUAUCAACAGCAACAGCAGCAGCAGCAUCAGCUCUACCAUCACUAUCAUCAUCCUGGCCAUGAGGCGGCAGUUGUUGCCAGUGCCGCCGGGCUCUUGGAUAUCUCCACAUUGUAAAUUAUUGAAAAUAUUAACUAAAACACACACACACCACACACAUACACAUUUUAGCUUUAGUUUUAAGGAGAAAAUUCCAAGGAAAUAUAUAAAUAAAUGAUUAGAAUUUAAAGUAUAGUAAUUUAAAUGAAGCAUACGCACUGUUGUACCCCCACAAUAGGAAGACGACAUUCCACAUGGCAUUCCAUUCCCUUUUCUUUUCUGUUCUCUUCUUUCUUUACCCCCCCACGACAAUUGUGUGAUACAAAUAAAUUGUUGCAAAUUACCCAAAAAGAUGCACAAAUCUUUUUCACAAACAUUUUCAUUUAGAACUUUUCUUUCUGUACAAACGACAUUCUUAGAGAACAUUAAAUGUGUGAGUUUUGCAGAAGAAACCACAGAAUGGAAUAGAGGAAAAACCACAAGAAGAUUAAUACAACUAAAAGGAAAAGCAAAGAAAAACCUAUAAACAACAAGAAGCAAACAAAAAAAAGAGGAAAAUGAAAAUAUUUCAAAAAAAAUAAUGUCAAGACACAUUCUAUUUUAUAAAUUCUCUUAUGCAUUAAGUAAUUAUAAUUAUUAUCUAUUAUAUAAACAAUUUAAUUAUUAAUUAUGCUUACAAGAAAAUACAAGACACGAGACAAACAUAAUUAUAAUUGUAAUAAAACCAACAAACAAAAUUAUUAUUAUUAAACAAAUCGAAA